AUGACGGGUUGUACGGCUAAUAUUUGGCGACGUCUAGUACGGUCAACGACACGACGACCUCGAUCGCUUCACACUGAUACUGCAUCCACGCUAGUAUCAACUACCAACAACAGUAACAGUCUUGAAAAGACAAAGCGAUUCAACUCUACCACUGCAACAACGUCGAAUGAACCGGCUCCUCCACCAGAAGCGCUCGAUUUCAUUCAGUUUUUAAAUGCUUCGCCGUCCCCUUUUCACGCUGUAAAUGAAGCAGCUUUACGGCUCGAACGUGCCGGAUUUGAGAAAAUCAGCGAACGGUCGUCAUGGAACUUGAAACGUAAGGGGAAAUAUUAUUUCACACGGAACGGGUCGUCGAUUGUCGCGUUUGUCAUCGGAGGACAGUAUCGUCCUGGAAACGGAUUUUCGAUUAUCGGCGCGCAUACCGAUUCUCCUUGUCUAAAGGUCAAACCUAUCUCAAAGAAAGAUAAAGCUGGAUAUUUAGAAGUGGGUGUGCAGUUGUAUGGUGGUGGUAUUUGGCAUACAUGGUUUGAUCGGGAUCUCAGUGUAGCUGGACGCGUCAUGGUCGAAAAACCAGAUGGUACGUUUCAACAUACUCUGGCCAGAAUAGAAAAGCCAUUGUUACGUGUUCCCACCUUGGCAAUCCAUUUAGAUGGUUCAGUCAACGAGGCUUUUCGGUUCAACAAGGAAAAUCGUAUGGUACCUGUCCUUGCUACUGCCGUUAAAUCAUCAUUGAGCGCUUCGUCGUCGUCGGAUCAAGAAGCAAAGCAUCAUCGGGCCUUAAUGGAUAUCCUUUCCGAAGAACUCAAAGUUGGACUGGACAAGAUACACGAUUUUGAGCUUUGUUUGUACGAUACACAGCCAGCAACAAUUGGCGGUGCCUAUGACGAAUUUAUCUUUUCCGCACGCUUGGACAACCUCGGGAUGUCCUAUUGUUCUCUCAUGGCAAUGCUUAACACUGCCGAUAAAGCAAGUGACGACACCAACAUUCGCGUUAUCUCGUUAUUCGACAAUGAAGAAGUUGGAAGCACAACAGCACAUGGCGCCAAUUCCAACUUGCUACCAUCCACUUUACAACGACUUGUGGCGGCUAAAAUCGAUGGUAAAGAACCAGCUAGUGGCAAGUCAAACUUUGAGCUUGCUAUGCGUAAUAGUAUGCUCGUGAGCGCAGAUAUGGCACAUGCUGUCCAUCCUAAUUAUACUGAAAAAUACGAAGAAAAUCAUCGUCCUGCGAUGCAUAAAGGAACAGUAAUAAAGAUUAAUGCAUAUCAACGUUAUGCUACCACUGCACCUACAGCCUUGAUCCUUCGCGAAAUUGCCCGUCGUCGCAGCGUUCCAAUUCAGGAAUUCGUUGUACGAAAUGACUCGCCUUGUGGAAGUACGAUCGGUCCUAUGUUGAGCGCUAAACUGGGUCUUCGAACGAUUGAUGUCGGUAACCCUCAGUUGAGCAUGCAUUCUAUUCGUGAAAUUAGUGGUGUUGAUGAUGUACCUAACGGUAUCCGAUUGCUUGCGGCUUUCUUUGAACUGUUCCCAUCCGUAGAUAAACAAGUGGUUGUUGAUUAA